CAACAGGAACAAGAAGACAGAGCAAGAUCAAGACCUGGCUUGUCCCUGUGCAUCAACAGCUCAAAAAAUGGAAAACACCAGUUUCGAAGCUGAAAACAUGACCAGAGACACAGCGCAUAACAUCACAAUGCAGCAAGAGGAAUUCACAAGCUUUGAGAUUUUUGUUUUAUGUAUUUUCUUUGCCACCUUUGUUGUGGGUCUCGUUGGAAAUGGGCUUGUCAUAUUUCUGACUGGCUGCAGAAUGAAGACGACCGUCAACUCCAUUUGGUUUCUCAACUUGGCAAUUGCAGACUUCAUUUUCUUGUUAUCCUUAAUCUGUUAUUUAGUUACUGUCUCAGUUUUGGACAGGUGGAACAGUGAUUUAAUGAUUUUCAUUUUAUUCAUGCUGCUACCACUAAGUCUGUUUACUAGUAUUUUUUUUCUUGUAGUUAUCAGUCUGGACCGAUGUGUGUGCACAUGGAUGGUGGUUUGGGCUAAAAAUAAACGAACUUUACUUAAAGCCAGGAUCAUCUGCAUAAUUGUGUGGGUUUCAUCCUUCAGCUGCAGCAUUCCUUUCUUUGAAGACAUAACGUCUCUGGUCACAUAUGAAUUUAUAGUGGGCUUCCUCAUCCCCCUUCUGAUCAUUGUAACAUCAUAUAUAGCUAUUGGAGUACGAAUCAAACGCCUCAAAAUGGGAAAGCAGCUCAAGUCAUACCAUGUCAUUAUAACUGUAACUCUGGUAUUUUUCAUAUGUUGGUUUCCAUACUAUGUUUGCCUUUUUUAUUCAAUAACUGCAGUAGGAAAUAACCCGAGUGCCAGUGAUCAAUACAUAUUUAAGAUUGUCAGUAUCUACCUGGUUUGUUUAAACAGCUGUCUGAACCCCGUUCUCUAUGUGUUCAUGUGUGAUGAGUAUAAGAAGAAGCUUAAACAGUCUCUGCUGCUGGUGCUGGAGACGGCUUUUGCUGAGGAUUAUCUGGACUUUAAGGCAGAUGCAAAAGGACGAGCAGGACAUGGAAACCAAACUGAAAUGUUAGAUAUGUUGAAAACUGGUCCCUAA